GUUUUCAAAGAAGAGGAAGAAUAUAAAUAAUAAGAAGACGGAACUAAAUUGAACUUAGCAGUAUUUUGAUUCGAUAAAAAUGGUUUGUCGUCUCUGUUUGGAAGAUUCUCAUGAUAGUUUUGAUAUAUUCUCCGACAAUGCAGAAACUGAAGUUGCAAAAAUUAUUGCUAAAUACUUUCAUUUCGAGGUACAACCAAGUGAUAUUAUUUCCAACAAGAUUUGUGCAGAGUGUUGGGAAUGUACAUCGGUUUUCCACCGAUUUUGGUUAAAAAUAGAUGAAAAACAGAAAACAUUGCAAACACAUAUAGUGUGCACGCAAAUAAAACAAGAUGUGGAUGAUUUUCAACUGGAACUCACCAGUGCCGAUGUAAAAUCUCCUAUUGACACAAAAAAUAAUGAAUUACGAGAACCAGAGAUAGACUUGGUUGUAAAUCCGAUGAUAUCUACAGAUGGAUUGGAAUUUAAUGCUGUUGAAAUGAAGGAUGAUGUUCUAUCAAGCGAUCCAGACUCAUUGCCUUCUCCUACACCCUCAUAUACAGAUGAAG